CCUCGAAAUUUCCUUAUUCAAAUGGCAAAGCGCCCACAAAGGAAGAAACAGGGGACGAGUGAGGGAAAUAGAAAGAAGUGUUGGAGAAGCCUCCCUGCCUCCUCCAUAGAAGAACAGGAUUUCUAGGUCUUGGUGGGUUUUCUUCAACGAUUUCAACAAUCAAAUCUCUUCUGGAUCAAUUCGAUUAGUGUUUGAAUGAUUUUCAUCACAUUGAUGUAAUUUUUGCUUUCAUUUAUUUUGGAUUCAUGUCUUUGAUAAGAUUUGUAAUUUUGAACGUGUUGUCGGCGUAGAUCCAUGGGAGAAUUGCGGAAUUGAAAGGAUUUACUUCCUGGGUUUGUGUGAUUGGUUUCUCUUUAUCUGUUGAUGUAUCUUGUUAUUAUUAUUGAAGAGGAGGAUCGGCUUGUGAACUUGCCCAAUUCUUUUCUGGGUGUUCUCAGGCCAUUGGAACUAUCCUUUGAACAAAAGGCCUUUUCAUUUUGUAUCCCUAGGGAUAGAUGGGAUAAGGAGUUCUUCAAGUUGCAGGGUGGCUAAUUGUUACUUCGUCGACUUCACAAAGUUCUUGGUACUAGAAUUUUGAUUGAAUUGGAAUUUUUUACAUGGGUUCUACGCAAGGGUCUACAUUGUCGACUAAUAUGGCAGAUUUAGUUGAUGGUUCACCUACUCGACGGCAGUUUUCUUAUUUCGAUACUAUGCCUGUUUAUAUUAAGGAGCUCAUUGCUGGUGGAGCUGCAGGAGGAAUUGCCAAGACUGCUGUUGCGCCCCUUGAAAGGACUAAAAUACUCUUGCAGACAAGAACUGAAGGUUUUCAAUCUCUUGGGGUGUUUCAGUCCUUGAAGAAAUUAUUAAAGCAUGAGGGAAUUCUUGGCUUUUAUAAGGGAAAUGGAGCUAGUGUUAUUCGGAUUGUUCCUUAUGCGGCCUUACAUUUCAUGACAUAUGAGCGGUAUCGUGGUUGGAUCUUGAAUAAUUGUCCUGCUUUAGGCUCAGGACCUGUUAUAGAUUUAUUAGCUGGUUCAGCGGCUGGAGGAACAGCAGUUUUGUGCACCUAUCCCUUAGAUUUGGCUCGUACUAAACUUGCUUAUCAGGUCCUGGACAGAAGUGGAACUUUCAGAUGUGGCAUAAAAAGUGUAUGUGCUCAACCUGCUUAUGGUGGCCUAAAAGAUGUACUUACAAGUGUCUACAAGGAAGGGGGAACACGUGCACUGUAUCGAGGAGUAGGUCCUACACUCAUCGGGAUCCUUCCUUAUGCUGGUUUGAAGUUCUACAUCUAUGAGGAACUUAAGAGGCAUGUUCCUGAAGAGCAUCAAAAGUCCAUUAUGAUGCGUCUUUCAUGUGGAGCUCUAGCUGGGUUAUUUGGGCAGACCUUCACAUACCCGUUAGAUGUUGUUAGGAGACAGAUGCAGGUUGAAAAUUUGCAACCUUCAAUUCAAGGUCAUGUUAGAUACAGGAGCACAUUGGAUGGGUUGUCAACUAUAGUCCGCAAUCAAGGAUGGAGACAGUUAUUUGCAGGCCUGAGCAUUAAUUACAUCAAGAUUGUUCCCUCUGUGGCUAUUGGCUUUACUGCAUAUGACAUGAUGAAGAUUUGGCUUCGAAUUCCACCCCGACAGAAGUCCCAAUCUGUAUCGACUGGAUAAAUCUCUGACCAAUUAUUAGCACACAGUAGACCGUGACAACUUAUAUUCAUUAGUAAUGCCUUAACAUUUGACGUGCAUAUGAUAUCAAAGGGCAUAGGCCCAUCACAAUUAUGUACUUGUGAUUAUCAAAAUGUCAAUUAGGCAGAAUUAUUUUGCGCAGAUCAAUUUAUGUGAACACUUGUAAUGGCUUUGCUACUUGACCAGUGAUAGUAAAACCUUAAAAGUUGGUUAGUUACAGUUAAAAACACAUAUUUCAUUCAAUUUCAUAUUUAACUUUUUAAGAAA